AUGCUUGUGGUGCCGAGAAGGGGGGAGCCUUCGAACACGGAGGUACUUGAGGCCGAGCUUCCCGAUGUACCAUGGAGAAGCUUCUUGCGGCGUAGCUAUGUCGCAGGAGCUUCCUAUUGGCCUUGUGUGGAGGAACGCCUCAAACAAAAGCCUGAAGCAACUCCAAUGGGAUUUCCAAUGUGGACCAUUCAAGGCUUUGCCUCUGUCCUGGAGACACAGCACGUGAUGAACUUCCUCAACUCCAGGGCUUUGCCUCCUCAGCCCAACCAGGAGCACCUGGAGCACGGUGUGUCGUGUCUUCUUCUCCAUCUGGCAUGGAGCUGGGAGCCCGAAGUGACGACAAGUUCCGCGCCACAAGCUGAAGGUUGUGUGGCUGCCUUUGAGUUUGAAGGAGCUUUGGGUGAAUGA